AUGGGUUCUCGGCGGCCUCCUUCCUUCUUCAAAAUGUUGCUAGAUCCAUCUGCCCAUCACUUGCCAUUGCCACCUGAUUUUGUUUGCAUGCACUUAAAAAACAAAAUGCCAAAAGGCCCAAUAGUACUUCAGUGUGCAAAUGGAUGUCAUUUCUGGAGAUUAAAGAUAGAAAAGAUUGGAGAAAAUUACUGUUUUACAGAUGGAUGGAACAAUGUAGUUCAAGAUAAACUUUUGGGUUUUGGAGAUUUUCUUGUCAUUUGGUUUGCUAAUAGAUCCACUUUCAAAAUGUUGGUUUAUAAUCCAAAUGGUUGUGAAAAAGUUAUGCCCCCAAAAGAGCAUGUUGUGCCACCAAAAGAACAUGUUUUUGAUGAUGAUGAUGGUAAUGGUAAUAAUCAUGGUGAUGAUUAUGAUGAUGUUGAUGUUCUUGGUGAUGGUGAUCCUUCAUUUGUGUCAACAAUGUCUAAAACCCAUGAAAGAAGAUUGCGGCUUCCGGCACAUUUUACUGGGUUGCCUGGAAUAGACGCCCGGGGAGGAAGUCUGAUAGUGAAGAAUCUUAAGGGCAAAGAGUGGCCCAUGGGCUUGCGGUUGGAUAGAUCGUUUCAAUCAGAAAGGUACAUGUUGAGUACGGGAUGGCGUCAAUUUUUCCGAAGUAAUAAAUUAUCUUUAGGAGAUAAAUGUGUAUUCAAGUUCAUUAGAAGCCAAGGUAAGAUACUUCUAGCCAAAGUGACCAAGAAAAAAUGGUCAACAAGGCGGUCAAAAUCGUCCGAUGAAAGUGAAACUCCAAGGGCCAGUUGUGAUGCUGAUGCGACAAGUGAAGAUGACUAUGUAGAGGUGGUGAAAAGACCACGUCAAACGACACAACACAACUCUAUCGUUGUUUACUCUUGAAAAGUUUAGUUAAUGAGUUAGCGUAACGUGUAGCGUAUGGUUAAUUAUCACUAGGAAGGUAUUUAGUCAUGAAUAAUCUUGGUUGUAUGUACGCCAAACC